UGCUACGUGCGAAGGAAAAACUUGAAAGAAACAUGCCUAGUUGGAUCAGAAUUUUCAGCCAAGACUUGAAAUACGAAAAAAAUCGUUUGAUUAUCGACAAAGCAUUGCCACUAUUAAAAGUUUUAAACAAUAAAAAAUUGAGGAUAAGAUUUCGACUGUUUCUCGUUUCUGAAUUCAGCGUGGAGAAUUUGGACUUUUGGUUGGCCGUUGAACAGUAUAAAAACAUUAAGAACAUCAAGUCGCGACGAAGGAAGAUGAGAGAAAUAUACGAAGAAUACAUAUCGACCGAAGCACAGAAUCAGAUCAAUCUGGACCAUUUCACACAAAACCAAAUUGGUAUACAUGUGGCUAAGGAAACCGUACCAGGCAUCGAUAUUUUUGCAGUCGCCCAAAGGCAUGUAUUUAAUAUGAUGGAAACUGAUUCGUAUGCCCGCUUUGUAUGUCCAAAAUAAUAUAUAUAAUCUAAGCAUUUUAGGAAUAACAAAAUUAGUGAAAUUUAUAAACUGGAAACUGUUAAUUGGCUUCUUAUUCAUGUCACUGAAAAAAAGGCAUUUAUUAUAAAAAAAAUGAAUAGUCAUAGUUAUCUGCUGUUAAUUGCCUCCCACGUGAAUGACCAAUGAUUUUUUUCACUUUGUUGAAGAGUUCGUGAGAAGCAUAGUUCGUUGAGAUUUGUUCUGUGAUUAAAUAAAAUGUUGUGAUUUACUAAAAGCUUCAAUGUCAAAAUCUUCAUAUUAAUAUACAAUCUCUGUGAUAUCUUUUUGUCCUGGUGUGUAUAUCAGGAAUUUUGUAGACCCAAUAUCGAUUUUUGCAGAAAAAUAUAAAAAUAUAUUGCUUUGUAAGAUUGUUAUCGUGAGCAAUUGCUUGAUUAUUUGCCGACCACUGUUUUCUUGUCUUUAUUUUAAAUGUUUCAUAGCUGUUUUGUGUUGUUUUUUGCACCAUUUCUUCAAUGAUUUCAUACUUUACUGUCGUAGAAACGAAUAAAAAUAAAAACCUUCCACAACACAGAAUUUC